ACAGAAGGGGAAAGUAGGUACAAUGAAAUUGUACAGAAGCUGGAAGGCUGUCUACAAAACAUCGGCUUUGAAGGUGUUGUCUUCCUCCCCAUGUCGACUUUGUAUGGGUCGAACAUUCUCAAGGGGGUUGGUGACGAGUUUGGUUGGUGGAGGGGCCCUAGCUUGUUUGAAGCCAUUGACACCAUUGAACCUCAGCCACGUGCACUAGGCAACACGAUUCUGGUUGAUAGGCUCAUUGCCCGCAUAACUAUCAACAAGCGAUCUGAGCAUGUUGUAACUGCUGAGUAUUCGGCUUUGUUUUGCUCUCAUAGAGCCAUCGUUGGUUGCGAGAUUACUGAGAUAAGAAAGGACCCUGAAAAUCCUUUUGCUGCAGACGUGAACCGUGCUCGAGCAGGCGACACUGUUAUCGCCUACAUAAAGCUUAAGAAGAUUACAGCUGUGGAAAGAUUUGGUACCUUCCCUUACUUUGGAAGUUUUGCACUGUCGGAUGAAGGAUGCUGCGGAGUUCUUGCCGUUGGGGAAGUUCUAGGAAUUCCCGAAUGGAGAGGUUGGUGGAAUUUUCAUAUCAGGAGACAACUCCCUAGGAACGUAGUAGAACCUUGGGGUUUUACUUACUGUUGAGGUGGGAGCUGUGAGUUGGAUGUUGAGGUGGGAGCUUUGAGUUGGACUCGCUUUUUAUUCUAUAGAUAUCGGAUUUUGCGUAGUGUUCUCUGAUGUUGCCAAGUUUUCCAUUUUGAAUGUUCAUGGGUUUUUCUCGCUCCUUUUGAUGGAACGUACAAAUACGUUGAGAUAAAUAACUAUAAAUCCAUGCUCAUGUUUUUCUU